CGAGAGUAGCAGCAGCAGCGCCGGGACAGCGCAGGAGUUUGAUCGGGAGGAUGGGGUGCCGGAAAAUGGAGCUUCUGGCAGUGGCGGCCCUCUGGGCUUUUUACCUCUCGUCGGUCGCCGUCGUCGCCUGGGGAGGAGGAGCGGCGGCCUCCAUCGUGGGGUUCGAGUCGGCGGACCUGGCGUCGGGGGAGAGGCUCGCGGCCCUGUUCGAGCGGUGGAGGCGGAGGCACGGGAAGGUGUAUCUGGGCGAGGGGGAGAGAGAGAGGAGGUUCAGGGCGUUCAGCGAGAACCUUGCCUACAUUGAUCGGAGGAAUCGGGAGAAGCGAGGGCACAGCCAGAGAGUGGGACUGAACCGAUUCGCGGAUCUGACGAACGAGGAGUUCAGGGCGAUCUACACCAGCAGGAUAAGGAGACCGGCGAAGAGGUGGGGGGAGGAGAGCAGGAGGAGGGAGCUCAUGGCGUCCUGCGUGGCUCCGGCGUCUCUGGAUUGGAGGAAGAAGGGGAUCGUCACCCCCGUCAAGGACCAGGGCGAGUGCGGAAGCUGCUGGGCGUUCUCAUCGACAGGCGCCAUGGAAGGGAUCAAUGCGCUCGUCACCGGAGAGCUGGUCAGCCUCUCCGAGCAGGAGCUGGUGGACUGUGACACUACCAACUAUGGCUGCGAGGGAGGAUAUAUGGACUACGCCUUCGAGUGGGUCAUGCAGAAUGGAGGUAUCGACACAGAGGCCGACUACAGUUACACCAGCGUCAAUGGGCAAAGUGGAACAUGUAAUACUACCAAGGAAGAGCGCAAAAUUGUGAGCAUUGAUGGAUAUGAAGAUGUCCCUGAAGAUGAAAGUGCCUUGCUAUGCGCAGUCGUUGGUCAGCCUGUCAGCGUCGGCAUCGACGGCUCCUCUAUGGACUUCCAGCUCUACACUGGUGGGGUCUACGCCGGCGAUUGCUCCGACAAUCCCGACGAUAUCGAUCACGCGGUCCUGAUUGUAGGCUAUGGAUCACAAGGUGGCGAGGACUACUGGAUCGUGAAGAACUCGUGGGGAACUUCUUGGGGCGACAAUGGCUAUGUUUACAUAAAGAGGAACACAGACUUGGAAUAUGGACAAUGUGCUAUAGAUGCCAUGGCUUCUUAUCCCACCAAGGAAGGAUCAGCGGCACCCAGCCCUUACCCUUCACCAGCUGCACCGCCACCACCAUCAGUUCCUCCUCCUCCACCACCACCACCACCACCACCACCGCCCCCGCCACCUCCACCGCCGCCGAGCCCUUCCCCUGAACAAUGUGGUGACGGAUCAUACUGUAAUCCUGGUGAGACAUGCUGCUGCCAGUUUGAGUUUGUGGACAUUUGCUUCCUCUAUGGCUGCUGCGAGUACGAAAAUGCCGUUUGCUGCGAAGUUUCCGACUUCUGCUGCCCUCACGACUACCCCAUAUGUGACAUUCUAGAUGGGCUCUGUCUCCAGAACCCUGGCGACUUCCUGGGCAUGAAAAUGAAGAAGAGGAGGAUGGCCAAACGCAAGUUUCCUUGGACAAAGUUUGAAGACAAAAGGCAGGAAGCGAACCAACAGCGCGAGCUGACCUGGCGCGGGGAACGCGUAGCGGCUGUGUAAAAAGAGAGAGAGAGAAGGCGCCUUAGUUUCUGUUUAUUUUGUGUGUGUUUGAUAGUUGGGCUUUUACUUUCAUAUGUUUCCAACUCUUAUCUCUUGUUAUCGGAUUCGAAACUCUUCUAUUAAAAAAACUAUGUGAAAUA